AUGGCCCCCCAAACCGAGUUCACCAUCACCGAGCACGAGAACGACGAGAACUUUGAGUUCACCACCACCAAGAUCAUGCUAAUCACCAUCCGCGGCAACAAGCCCGGCAGGCCCACCUACAAAUCGCACGAUGCCAACCCCUUUCGCGCCACCGUCGACAUGGUCGUCGCGAGGGUGAGCCAGUUCGUCCUGGAGGCCUACCUCCUGGCCAACGCACACCUGCUGCGACAGUGCGAGCGGCGGGUUGCGGCCCUGCUGGAGGAUCACCUGGCGCUGGAAGCGAGCUUUGCGGCAGGGCUGGAGGAGCAAAUUAUCUCCACUCCACUUCCGCCCCGGGAGGAGCGACCGCUGACACCCGCUGGCCAGAGGAGGUGCGAGCCCUACCUUGCCGACCCCAUUGAAGGCAAUUGCGGGCUAUGCCUCCGCUUUGUGGGCAAGAACUGGAGGUGCAUGCCUCCACCACCCCUGCUGAUCAAGGGGCGAGAGGUUGACAAGCCUUUCCAUCAGGGCAAGCUGCGCCUGUACGAGACGGCCCAGGUCUACUGGAGCUGGAGGGAGAGCGCGGUUCCAGGGUAUCAGCCUGCAGAAGCCAAGUUCCAGUGUCAUAUCCUGGGCGCGGAGGCCGCCCUGAUGGAGACCUGCACCAAGAACUACAUCAAGACGGAGUUCCUCCGGCGCCUGGCCAAGCAUGCGCAGUACAUGCUCAACAUCCGCCAGUGCAAGCAUGCAUGCGCCAUUGCCAAGCGGGUGCUGGACGAGGACUACACACCUGUUGAGCCGCGGACGGAAGUCACCACCUGGGUCCGGCAGAUGCGGGCGCUCAUGCCCGUCAGACCCAAGUGGGGAGCCUUCGAGGACCACUCCUCCCUCUGCUACCCCAUUCUCUGUUUUAUCCUCAACUUCAACGAGGCCGAGCUGGAGAGGCUGGGGCUUCCAGGCGAGGAGCCCGAGACUUCCUGA